AUGGUUUUCGUGCUUCUACUUCUUCUACUAAGUGUGUUUCAGACAACAGGUAAACAACAACCAAUAGGAGUGUGCUAUGGGCGAGUAGCGAACAAUUUACCACCAGCGCAGGAAGUUAUACAUCUUUACAUAUCAAAUGGCAUUAGAAAAAUGAGAAUAUAUGAUCCUGAUCCAGCAACCCUUCAAGCCUUAAGAGGGUCCCACAUAGAACUUGUCAUUGGGGUCCCUAAUGAAGACAUUCAAUCCCUUGCAAGUGAUGCAGCAGAAGCAACUCAUUGGGUCCAAAACAAUAUACUAAACUACUCUCAAGAUGUCAAGUUUAGGUACAUUGUUGUUGGGAAUGAAAUAAAUCCUACAUCAGCAACAUCACAAUUUGUUCUCCCUGCAAUGCAGAAUAUUUAUGCUGCACUUACAUCUGCCAACCUACAGAGUCAAAUUAAGGUUUCAACAGCUAUAGAGUUGUCAUUGCUGGGAAGUUCCUAUCCUCCAUCUGCAGGAGAAUUCAAUCCAUCUUCAAGUUCAUAUAUAAGUCCAAUUGUUAGUUUCCUUGUGAAUAAUGGGGCACCACUUCUUGCCAAUGUGUACCCUUAUUUUAGCUACAUAGGUGACACAAAUAAUGUCAACCUUGGCUAUGCCUUAUUCAACUCAUCAACAGUUGUGGUGAAGGAUGGAGAAUAUGAGUACCAGAAUAUCUUUAGUGCACAACUUGGAGCACUUUAUGCAGCCCUUGAGAAGGUUGGUGCUCCUGAUUUGGAAGUUGUAGUAUCAGAAAGUGGAUGGCCAUCUGAUGGUGGUACUGCUGCAACGGUUGAUAAUGCACAAGCCUAUUAUAAGAAUUUGAUCAAUCAUGUGCGGUUUGGGACUCCAAAUAGGCCUAAUCAACCCAUUGAAACAUAUUUAUUUGCUAUGUUUGAUGAAAACCAGAAAGGACCUGCUGAAACAGAACGGCAUUUUGGUUUGUUCACCCCCCAAAAACAGCCCAAGUACCAAAUUAGUUUUACAAACCAACCAUAUACAGUUAAAAGUUGCUCUCCACGUCUAACAAGGGAAGGAUUUUCUUUUAGCUUUGAUCUUGGAGUCUCGCUUCAACAACAAACCCCUAAGUUUUCCAUUUUAGUGCAGUCAUCUGCCGUUAAUGCAACCAAUGCCUUUAGUGCUGGUUUCUCUUGUACCUCUUGA